AUGGUUCCCCGGAACGACGACCAGCUGAGGCGCCCGCCACAAUCGCGCUUACUGUCUGUUCAAUCAUUUGCGUCCAAGCACUCACACUCCUCCGCCUUCGAAGCCGACGAUGAAUUCUCCUCCACCACGACGACAGAUACUGGCACCGGCAGAAUGAGCAGAAGAGCGUCUGACAGUGACGGAGAAGGUGGCCCGCCCGCUGGCGCUCGCUAUCCGGGCGAAGACACGCGGCCCACAAGCACCAAGGAGCUUGCUGGAUGGUAUAUGUACGCAUUUGCGGCAGAGACAUACGUAAUAUGCGCAUCUUUUAUACCGAUCCUCCUCGAGAGUCUCGCGCGAGAAAAUGGCGUCCUCCUUUCCGAUCGAAAGACACCCUGCGGUGAUAGCUCACAAAAACCCAAGGGCAACGAUGGACAAUGCAUUGUGGAAAUCCUGGGAAUUGAGGUCAACACGGCGAGCUUCGCUAUGUACACAUUCUCCAUCAGCGUCCUUUUGCAGGCGCUUCUGGUUGUCAGUAUAAGCUGCGCUGCUGAUCACGGCAAUUAUCGAAAGCGGUUGCUGUUGACUUUCGGAUGGACGGGGGGCGUAUGUGUCAUGCUAUACAUAUUCGUUACCAAGCAAGUCUACUUAUUAGGGGCGAUUAUUGCCAUCGUUUCAAACACGGCAUUCGGGGCCUCUUUUGUUCUCCUAAACUCAUUUCUACCACUGCUGGUUCGACACCACCCGAAAGUACUAUACACUGAGGCCAUCACUCAUCACGAGGGCUCGCAUAACGAUGCUGGCUCUGUAGUGGAAACCGAUCAUCCGCUCAGUGGCGCUGCAUCCAUCCAUUUGCCAGUGGAUGAUACUGCCUCAGUCCAUCACGACUUGAUCAGGGCAUCGGCCAAGUCCGAGCUGACCUCAAUCGAGCUUCAGCUUUCAACUGAGAUUUCAGCCAAGGGUAUAGGCAUUGGUUAUGGAGCUGCUUUGUUUGUUCAAUGCGUCUCGAUCAUGAUAUUAGUGGCAAUGGGAAGCUCAACAUGGUCACAACGUGUUGUUCUUUUCUUCAUCGGUUCAUGGUGGACCAUUUUCACCAUUCCAGCAGCUAUGUGGCUUCGCCCGCGACCAGGGCCGCCUCUGCCUGCUACAAAGACGAAAGGCAGAUGGGCGUGGAUAUCGUACACGAUCUAUGCGUGGAAAAACUUAUUCCGCACAAUCGGGCUGGCUAGACACCUUAUUGAUAUCGUACUUUUCUUGGCUGGAUGGUUCCUGCUUUCGGAUGCUAUCGCUACGACGUCGUCGACUGCCAUCCUCUUUGCUAAGACGACGCUUGGUAUGAAGCCGUGGGCACUUGGGCUGAUAAACGUCAUCUCCACAUCAACCGGCGUCAUGGGUGCUUUUAGCUGGUCGUGGAUUUCGAGAAGGUUGCAACUGCCGCCGCACAAGACAAUUCUAGCCUGCAUUGCGCUGUUCGAGGUGAUCCCAAUCUACGGUCUGCUGGGUUACCUGCCAUUCGUGCAGAGAUGGGGCGUUGUUGGCUUGCAACAACCGUGGGAGAUGUAUCCACUGGCUGCUGUGUACGGUUUCGUGUUGGGUGGUCUUAGCUCAUACUGCAGAUCGCUCUACGGCGAGCUCAUUCCCGCGGGUUCGGAAGCAGCAUUCUAUGCUCUAUAUGCAAUCACGGACAAGGGCUCUAGUGUGUUCGGGCCUGCCAUAGUUGGUGCCAUCAUUGAUGCCUCUGGGGAAAUCCGCCCUGCUUUCUGGUUCCUUGCUGCCUUGGUUGGUCUGCCCGCACCCUUGAUAUAUUUCGUAAAUGUGGAGCGUGGGAAACAGGAAGGCGAGCUGCUGGCUGAAGUGAUCGAAGGGUUCAAGAACCAGGAGGAUAUUCCAGCCGAUCGAGCUCAAGUAGAUGAAGAGCGAAGGGGAAUGCUUGCAGAGUACAACCGAGUCGAGGAUGACAGGUGA